GAGAGAAGCGAGAGAGACGUGGUCGGUCCUCCGGUUUUUAGGGUCUAAAUUUGUACUCGGUUUCCUGAUUUCACUGAUCUCUUGUACUUGUUACACCAGCCGCCGUCAUUGAACGAGAGCCGAGAUUUGUUCUCGGUAGUUCAGUUCCGGAAUUCACUGAAUUUUUGUACCUAUUGAGCCGAUUUAUUUGUCCUACCUCAUCAUUACGACACUCUUGUUGCGGCGGACGACGUCUUUGUAGGAGAUGCGAGAUCUGUUGUUGCUUCACCUCAUUCUUGGCGUGCUACAAUCAAAGAGGGCGUGUGAGGAGAGGUUGAUCUUCCGAAGUGAGCGUGAAUGGAUUUUUUACGUGAUAAUACUUGAUCCACAUUUGAAUCGUGUUGAAUAUGAUUGGAGUUACAAUGGCAGUGAGCUGAUUACUACACCUCCUGCGCUUGGGUUGAGAACAGCUAUUUUACCUUCUACUUUUUGGGAAUGGAGCUAUUUGGUGGAUUUCGGCCAUGUUUCUGGCAAGCAAUACAAGGAGCACAUUGCAACACUUGAAAAAUGCGAGGAAAGAUACAAAACUGUUUUUGCAAAUAAAAUUUCAGAGUUCAGAAGGGCAUGCUGUGAGCUUUUUGGUUAUUCAUCUCUACUCUCUUGUUGGUUCUCCUAUAACUGUCUCAACUCUCAAGUCUAUCGUUAUUGGUUACAUAGAUAAGGUCCUACUUUCAAAAUUAUAAGGUGUUGCUUUUUUUCUUCAAAAUCCCUGGUUGAUCUGAUAAUGGGGAGUGCAGAGAGAGGGACCCAAAAUCACAGUGUGUGCUCUUAGAAUCUUGAUUCUUAAAAUAAAUUCUCAGAAUAUGCCAGCUAAGAAAUGCUUAAUAGGAGGUUUUGCUUCUUAAUACCAAAUUUAUGGGCGAAUAAAGUCAUGUACUCUCGAAGUUUUUCCCCUUCCUGUCUGUUUUUCUCAUAUGAUACAGUCUUGGAAAUCGCAAAUUGAAAAAUAAUAACUUUUGCAGAUUGUGAUGGAUACAGUGCUCUGAUGGAAUACCGGUAAGUUGUGCAAUGGUUUACAGUUCUUCUGGUCUUGUGUCUUCAAACAAACCAUGAUAUUGUCUUGCUUCAUAAUCUUUUAGAUGGCCGUUAAAAAUUGAUUUCUUGGCUUUCGCAUUGAGAUAAAGAGCCUCUUCCUUCGUCACUUUCCUUUUGAUAACACGGUAUCCUACCCAAUGGACCUACUAAUCCGAGGGACAAUCCUACCGUCCACUAGAGUGGGCUCCAAUUUAAGCCGGGGCUUUAAGCCCCCUAUGGACUAACGACACAGGAAUUGAUAGUAGCUGGUCCUUCAUCUAUUCCAUAAUUAAUUUUAUCUAGAACCUGUUUCAUUAUAUGCUAAUUUUCUUGUUCCAUCUAAUAGGUAAAUGAUUACACCUCUCAACCUGAGAUAUCCCGUCAGGUAUGGAGCAAAAUCUUCCACAAUUUGACUUUAAAAUGUUCCUUUACGAACUGGCAUAGUUACCCUUCUCCAGCCUCUGGAGUUAAUUAAGCUGGUUCAGUGAAAGUUUCCACCGAUGUAACUGGCUAAUAGUAAUCAAUAAUACUGCACCAACUGUAUUCACUAAUGAUGCCCGACGAUAGAUAGUUGGGCAGCUACCUGUCCAACAAAAUUAAUGAAUUACGAGAGGAGUCGAAUGGUUGUGUUUGAUUCAAAUGGGUUAGAGCAUAUUAACCGUUGGUGCUAUUAGCUGUGUUUUCCUUGGAGUUGGAGUGGUUGUCUAGAAGAAGGUACGAAGUAUUUUUCCCCGGUGGCCUAGAUUAUGGUAUAAUUGAAAUAAGAAUAUGUAUUAGCAAAAGAUGAUAUGUACAGUGUGGUGGGAAUCUGAUGUGAUCCAAAUGGUUCUGUGUCAUUGAAAGGUACUGAAUUUUUUAGACAAUUGUUGCAGUCCAACUUAUAAUGUUAGCAUGACACAAGUUAGUGUGGGAGAUAAUGUCACUGUAUUAGUUUCAGUGCAAUCUUCGACUCUGGUACCUCAUUCACAUACGUAAACGACCCUGCUUUGUGCUGUCCCGCAGUUCAAAUCCCAGGCCCAAGAAAAUGACGUCCAUCUGAUUACAGGAUCCCUUUUGCGUAUUGCUAUGAUCUAAUGUCAAUUCGAGUCAAUCGUUACCUUGUUUUUAUGAACUUGUUUUGAAACCAUCAAGGGCUGAUUCUUUCCGUCAUGCAGUUCGUCCAAUAGCAACAAUUUCUACCGAGGUAUAAUUUCACUUUCUCCUCGCAAACAAAUAGGAUUCCAUUUACUUGUGGUUUAUUAUCCUAUUGCCUUUCGGGAUAUACUGAAAUGCUUGAUCACUAUUCUUAGGGUGAAGGUAACUUAUACUGCUUGGCUAUCGUCAAAAGUGGAGACAUAAAUACCAUUGGACUUAAGUGUCUGGAUUUGGUUAAGUAUUACAUUGCAUAUUCCCAGUACUUGAGUGAAAUUUUGUCUCCAUUUAUGUAUGUUUCUGCACUGUUGGAAUUUCUCCUCUACGGGUUAGUGUGACAUACUUCUAUUUCACAAAGGGCGUGCUGGAUCAUGCAUCUACGUGUAUGUUAUGCAUAGAAGGGGAAACAGGGGUGGGUUAGGAUGUUGGGAAAAGAAAGAACGAAUCUCUCCGCUUCCCACUUCUGGAUUUCUGAGCUUGUACAAUCUAAGCUGAGUGGUCUUCUGUUCCAUAUGCAAUUGAACUGUGAGUUUAUUAGUGUGUUUAGGCUUUAGCACGACUUUUUCUUCAUAACACAAACUGAAGUUUUAUUGUUGAAUUCGUUUCUGUAUUUUUCUAAAUAAUUUUGCUUAAACCAUGAAAUUGCUUGUUGCUCCUUUUGCUUUUUAGCCCUUUAUUGAAUGGAACCUCUUGCUUUGGCUGUGCC